AUGAGCGCCCCCGACGCGCUCGACCUCCCGAGCGAUGGCUUCAAGCAGUUCGUCGAGCUGCAGGCCAAGUACGCGGAGAGCGCGUCGGCGAUGAAAUCGCUGCGACAGCGCGUGCAGCAGCGCGAGCACGACCGCGCGCGCGCGACGCUGACGACGCGCGAGCUGACCGCGCUCGACGACUGCGAGGGCGCGCGGUUGUUUAAACCGCUCGGUCGGUCGUUCGUGCUGGAAGAUAAGGGCGCGCUCGUGGAGGCGCUGGAGGCGACGAGCGCGGCGGCGACGGAGGAGAUCGAAAAGGCGAUGGCGCGUCGGGAACACCUGAGCAAGGCGCUGAGCGACGCGGAGACGAAUCUGAGAGAGCUGAUGAACGGGAACGAGGCGUUGGCGAAGGAGUUGCAGGCGCGGGGGGUGAUUUAG